AUGGCACAGACAGCUACCUACUCGCGUACUAAGGGUCGGCACGUCCGAAAUAACGAGCAGACAACAUGUAGACUUCACCAAAAGUGGCAACUCGAAUUUUACUGCAGAAAAUGUGAAGACCUUUGCUGUAAUGAGUGUUUGUCGACAUGUCACAAGGCUCACUCCGUUUAUGAUAUUGAUGAAAUAAUUCCUGAAAAGAAGCGAGACAUUCAAAACUUCAUGGACAGAACAAAGAAAACUGAUCUUGUGGUAGUUCAUGACUACAUCACUUCAACAGAGAAACAACUUGUUGACAAUGCAAGUAAUUUUGAAAAACUUGCUUCGGAGUUGGAAACUCAGACAAUCAAACUGAAGGAAGAGUUAGAUCUUCUCUCCGCCCAAACACUUUCUAUAUAUAGCCAGAUGAAGGAAGAAAACACAAGGCUCUUGCAAACUUAUAAACAGGACCUGGAAACUUAUGAAGAAAAGAUAAAGCAGCAAUUACUAGAAAGCGAUACUUUGCUACGUGAGGGAACGCAUCUGGAAAUCUUUUAUUUGGGUUGCAAGACCCACUACGAUGAAAUCCUUCCGUUAAAACCCACCCUUCAAACUGCCACUUUCACAGCCAAUGUUAAUUAUCACGCCUCAUUGAAACAGGCUCUGGGUGACACGAGCACGGGUCGGGGCCAAAGCACCGAUGAGCUGGACAGGUGGUCAACAGACCAGGAGGACAAACGUUCAACAUCACCUUAUUCUUACGUGACCGCGUUAGGCUAUUGA